AUUUCACAUCCCCCAUAACCCUGAUAAUACGCUUCUUCUCCAUCAAUUUCCCUCUACAAAUCUCACUUUCCUCUCCUCAUGGCCAAACCUAAUCCCUCAACAGCAUCUGAUCUCCCGAUAGAUCCAUCACGAGAUCGAAUUUAGUAUAUACAGUUUUCAAAACUUUUUUGUUUUCUCCAAUUCACGGCACCUGAAAUGAUGUCUGAAUCUGAUCAAGAGCUUCUGCUCCAAAAACUGGACGUCUUCAAGAUUCAUGGAAGAGACAAGAGAGGUCGUAAGAUCCUACGCAUCGUCGGAAAAUCAUUUCCAGCUCGAACCGUUUCGAUUGACGUUCUGAAGAAGUUUCUAGAAGAGAAAAUCUUCCCUAAAUUAGAGAAUCGUCCAUUCUGCGUCGUGUAUUUACACACCGGCGUUCAAAGGAGCGAGAAUUUCCCAGGGAUUUCAGCAUUGCGAUCCAUUUACGAAGCGAUUCCGUUGAAUGUAAGAGAGAAUCUCGAAUCUGUCUACUUCGUUCAUCCUGGCCUCCAAUCCAGACUCUUCCUAGCCACCUUCGGCCGCUUCCUUUUCACCGGAGGGUUAUACGAAAAGCUGAAUUAUGUAAGCAGGCUAGACUAUUUGUGGGAUCAUAUAAAGAGGAAUGGGAUUGAGAUUCCAGAGUUUGUUCAGGAUCAUGAUGAUGAUCUUGAAUAUCGUCCGAUGAUGGAUUAUGGCCAGGAGAGUGACCAUCCUAGGGUUUAUGGUGCACCGGCAGUGGAUUCAUCUGAGCCUAUGUACUCUAUGAGGUGCAUCUCAUAGUUCAUUAUGAAAGAAAGAAAGAAGAGAAUCAAAAACAUCCUCCUUAUGUGGGUGAAUUUUGUUCUUAAAAUGGUGUAUAUAAUCAAAAUAGUAUAUUUUUCCCAAAUUUAUGUCUUUUGAUUAAAGUGUUGAUUUCCCAAGAGUUUGGUUCUUGUUGGAAGCUCAAUGUUUAGUUAUAAGUUCAUUUGUAUUUAUUUGCUUUGUUUUGAUUAUAUGAUAGUGUCUUUGUUUUCCUAGAA